AUGGGAAGUCAGCCGAGCAGGAAGAAAAGGCUGCAAAGUUCCAGCUCCGACCUCUCUGCGCAAGACCAGGGCCCUGCACCCGAGGCAGGGAGGAGUGGGGCCAGAGCCGUGGCCCUGGGCAGCUUCCCGGUGGGAGAGCCGGCAGAGCUGACGCUGAGACUCGGGGAGCCCCUGACCAUCAUCUCUGAGGACGGGGACUGGUGGACGGUGGUGUCAGAGGUCUCGGGCAGAGGAUACAGUGUCCCAAGUAUCCAAGUGGCCAAAAUCUCCCAGGGGUGGCUGUAUGAGGGCCUGAGCCGGGAAAAAGCUGAGGAGCUGCUGCUGCUGCCGGGAAACCACGGCGGGUCCUUCAUCGUCCGAGAAAGCCAGACCCGAAGAGGCUGCUACUCUCUGUCCAUCCGCCUCAGCCGCCCUGCAUCCUGGGACCGCAUCAGACACUAUAGGAUCCAGCGCCUUGACAACGGCUGGCUGUACAUCUCACCACGCCUCACCUUCCCCACGCUGCAGGCCCUGGUGGACCAUUAUUCAGAGAUGGCGGAUGACAUAUGCUGCCCCCUCAAGGAGCCCUGUAUCCUGCAGAGGACUGGCCCCAUCCCCACCAAGGCCAUACCCCCACCUGUGACUGUGAAGACGACACCCGUCAACUGGGAAGAGCUGGACAGUUCCCUCCUGCUGCUCUCGGACACCUCUGCCACGGGGCCAGCGUCUCUCCUCAGCGAGGGGCUCCGGGAGGCGCUCAGCUCUUACGUCAGCCUGACCGACGACAUCUCCUUGGAGGAUGCUGAGACCCGAAGCAGAGGCCGGAAGGGGAACAAAGCUUAUAGUACUUAG